AUGGUGCUUUCGGCGCGCCGGGCGCCUUGUUGGCUGACUUGGCGGAGCAGGAGGGCGAAGAACCGGACCUACCUCGUCUCCCGCGACGCGCAGGCGGAGAAGCAGGACGACCGUGUCGCCGUCUUUUGCGUGUCGCCCGCGGCGCGAAGCCAGGCCAGGCAGCAGGCGCGCCUGGCGCGCCGUGCUGCGGCGGCCCCGAAAGUCGGGGAUCGCGUCGAGGUCAUCAAGUCGCGUGUUCCCCUCCGUCAGGUUCGCCGCGUGCCAUUUGGAGCCAGAGGCGUGGUGGACCACGCAUGGGGCGAGUUCGACAUGCAGGGCGCCGUGGCGAGUGUCGUCUGGGACGUGCCUCGCCUGACCCGCAUCGGCGGCUCCAGCAUUGGCGGGGCAGCGCUGUCGCAGCAGGAUUGGCGCUGCUUCCGCAAGCUGGCCGAUGGCGACACCUGA